UGUUGUAGCGGACAGUUAGUCAUUCUGUGUUAAAUCAGUGGUACUUAGCAGCCCUAUGCCUCGGUAUGCACCAUUAACGCGCUUAUCAAGAUAGCAGCAAGAAAGGGGAGAGGUCAAAAUCCUGCUUUGGUGGUGUCAGUGAGUGUUUUGAGCAUAGUGACGGUGUGUGUGUGUGUGUGUGUGUGUGUGUGACGGUGUGUGUGUAUGUGACGGUGUGUGUGUGUGAGACAGAGACCAGCGAUGGCUGCCAGUAAGAAUAAGACCCAGAGUUCUCUGGCCCUGCACAAGGUCAUCAUGGUGGGCAGUGGUGGUGUGGGCAAGUCUGCACUCACACUGCAGUUCAUGUACGACGAGUUCGUAGAGGACUACGAGCCCACCAAGGCAGACAGCUACAGGAAGAAGGUAGUGCUGGAUGGAGAGGAGGUCCAGAUCGAUAUCCUGGACACGGCUGGACAGGAGGACUAUGCUGCUAUCAGAGACAACUACUUCAGGAGUGGAGAGGGCUUCCUGCUAGUCUUCUCCAUCACAGAACACGAGUCUUUCACAGCCACUGCAGAGUUCAGGGAGCAGAUCCUGCGUGUGAAAGCGGAAGAGGAUAAGAUUCCUCUGUUGGUGGUGGGGAACAAGUCUGACUUGGAGGACCGCAGACAGGUGUCUGUAGACGAGGCCCGAGCCAAGGCAGAGGAGUGGGGGGUGCAGUACGUGGAGACAUCAGCCAAGACGCGAGCCAACGUCGACAAGGUAUUCUUUGACCUGAUGCGGGAGGUGCGGGGAAAGAAGAUGUCGGAAAACAAGGACAAAAACGGCAAGGGGAAGCACAAGAAUAAGAACAAGAAGAGUUUCAAAGAGCGAUGCUGUUUACUCUGAACGCAACAUGGACCUUUACAACACAAAACACCACAAUCUAUCGUUACGCUGAGGAACCAACUUGAUCAGAAUCACAGAGCAUCCAUCCUCACGUUGAGUUGAAAUAUGUGUCUGUUAGUAUUGAAUCUGGCCAUAUUAGUGUUGUUUAGCAGGUUUGGGGUCAGUUCUAUUUAAACUGUCAAUUCCAGAAGUUAACUAAUAUUCCAAUUGCAAUUUUGCUCAUUGCUUUUCAAUACAGAAAAUUGGAAUUUGGCAUUUCAGUUUACUUGUUGAAGUGAAAUGGAAUUUUUUUCCCAAACGAGGUGUUUACCACAUUCUCAACCACUGUUUUUGCAUCUAAAACUUAAGCUUUGAUAGAUAUUCUGACUGUUUAUUGUUUUUAAUGGAAAGUGACCACUGUUCUGCGACUUGGACUGCAAUGCUUGACCUCUCCCCUGAUGACAACCCAAUUACCAAACUGCCCCAAACACUAACUUCAGUCUGCUUGGAUCUUGUUCUGUCUAUCUCAAUAUAUCUGUCCUUUAUGAUCAACAUAUGGUCAUGCCAUUUAUUUUAGUCUAGAACGUGCAUGGGGAUUUUAAUCUAGAAUGUGAAUGGGGAUAGGUUCAGUCAAGGACAGAAAUGUAGCGAAACUCUAUUCAAUGCUUUUCACUGAUGUCUGUUUAUGUGGUAUGGACAUCAGACUAAGCUUUGUUUGUUAAUGAACAAAAAAAGUAUAUUUACUAGUUAGUAAGAGGGACUAGGACUGAACGUGUCAUUGUUUCCUCUACAAUAGGAUAAAGCAAUUGUCAAUCAAGAAGGCUCAUCGUCUUAUGAUUCGAAGCACAUGUGAUAUUAUUAGGGCCAGUCAGUUUACAUUGUCAGGAAAAACUCCUGGCCCUGGUCUAAGUAGGAUGGAUGUUGAAGUGUGAAGUUGUAAGAUGUUGUAAGAUGUUGUAAGAGCGGUCCCGUGUGGCUCAGUUGGUAGAGCAUGGCGCUUGCAACGCCAGGGUUGUGGGUUCAUUCCCCACGGGGGGACCAGGAUGAAUAUGUAUGAACUUUCCAAUUUGUAAGUCGCUCUGGAUAAGAGCGUCUGCUAAAUGACUUAAAUGUAAAAUGUAAAUGUAAGAGUUUACUAACCAGAGGUCCUGUGGUAAUGGACAGGCAGUGUUUCUGGAGCCCCCUGCUGGCAUUCCUUGGUAAAUACAGGAACUAAAAAUGGAACUGCCGCCACAUCCAUUAGUACUUUAGAUAUGGGUCAGUUGGCACCAUAAGAGUUGGCACCAUAACUAUCAGCCAGUCACCUUCAGCUUUGGGGUAUUAAUAUUUUAACUUAUUUGGGGUUUUAUUCAAAUGCUUUUUUUGUAGAAAGUGCACUACAUUGUUGCCAAUACCUUAAAAAAAUAACUGUUCAGAGUUCCCAAGCUAGAGAAUGCUAAAGCAGUUUGUGCCAUCAACACAAGGAUAACAUGAUAUCGCCUACCAACUAAUCACUCCUCUCUAUAUAAAUAAUGUUUGUUAAUUAACUGAGGGAAUGUAUGUGCAUCAGACUACAGUUGAUACUUCUGGUUCCUUUGUGUACGUGUGAAUGAAACCUGGGUCAUGUUAUUUGGCACAAAAUGGAAGAAAAUUGACAAACAGGAAGGGACUUUUUUGUUGUUGCUGAAAAACAUUGUGCCCUAAUGAACGCCACUCUGGUGAGGGACAGUUUGUUUGCUGUUAUUGUUGGAUCAGUCACUCUGUUCUGCCCUACAACAGUAAAGUAAUAUUUUCAACAACUGUCCUAACUGUUCUGCUCUUUUAUAAAAAUGUGUGUCCUCUUCUGUUGUUUUAAAGCUAGUCUACUAUUGCUAGGUUUUUCACUGUCUUCUGAACAAAAAAAAGACUUCAAAAUGUUGCCAAAUAAAUGCUUUUUUCUUUGUAA